CCGAGCCCAUAGUGGGGCGUGGCUAUGGAGAGCAGCUGCCCGCUUUCAAGAUGGAGGAGCCCAGCACAUGGGAUGAGCCGAGCAGCGGCUCCAGUAGCAGCAAUGAGGAGGAUGAGGACAUGGAAAUGGAGGAGAAGGGGCAAGAAGAAGAGAAGGGACGAGGGGGAGCUUAUGUGCCAGGACAGGGGGCUCCUCCAGCACCUGGGGAAGAACUGGUGAUGGACGAGGGUGCCUAUCGCCUCUAUCAUCGCGCAGGCACAGGUCAGAUCAUGUAUUGGAAGGGGGUGGGGUCUGUCUUUUUGGACUGGAAAGUAAGGGGACGCUUGCUAAGGUGAACGGGAAAGGAUUCCAAGAUUGUAGACAGGGAAGAAUGGAGGUGGGAAUUUGUCAGGGUAUAGAUGCAUUGGUUCUUCGACGUGGGCCACAUGGGUUAGUUUGGUUGUAUAGACGAGCCUGAUUCCUAAAGACCUCAGCCACAAAUAUUAUGGGAAUGUGGCAUGGCAUGUGAUGAGUGGCUGUAGGUUAGGAGCAUCCUUUAGGGGCAGGAAGAUAUGGUGUGUGUGUAUGUAUAUAUAUAUAUAGGAAGGUUUAAAGCGACAAGGGGUAUGCACUGAACCUCAUUUGUAGCAAACCCAUCACCUCUUAACCUUCACCAGCCACUUUGGUAAAGUUGCAAGAGCUGUGGCUAAAUAGUAAGAUUCAAAAUAGAUUCCACUGCAUGUUUUUGCACAAAGUUAGUAAUUGUGAGUACAGAACUAGGAGCUGAGGGCUGUGCCGGACCUCCUGUUGUACUAUUUUUAUCAAAAAGGUGAAACAAAUAUUAAAAACACCACAAAGCAAUUUCAGCAUAAAUAUUUCCGGCAGAAAGGCCUAAAACUAAAUCCGCAGUAAAUUUACAUACCACGUGUUACAUAUGUGUAUAUGUUAAGAUACGAACAAUUGUUUGCAUACGGCAAGGAAGGCUAUGACUGUAAAUCAACGUGAUGAAGAAAACUCACAGUAGAUAUGGGGGAAAGAGGGGAAUUGCCACAGAAGGAAUGCUGAUGUCCCUGUGUCUCCUUCGACCCUGUGCAGGUUCCCCUUGCUUGAGCUUUGACAUUUUGCGAGAUGCCCUGGGAGAGAAUCGAACCACCUACCCGCUGAGCCUUCUCCUUUGUGCUGGAACUCAGGCUGAAACUGCCAAUGCCAACAGGUGAGUUUGUGAGGAGCUUGGCUUCCAGCAAGCCAGCUACAUUUGUCCUAUUGAAGCCAGGACAAGAGGGUCUAUAGCAGGGAUGUGGGACCCCUGGCCUUCCCUUGUUAGACUCAGCUUUGCGGUCAGUUGUCGGGAAUGCUGGGAACUGUAGUUCCCACCAUCUGGAGGGCCAGAGGUUCACCAUCCUUGAAAACACCUUCUUAUAGACCACUGAAAUGUCUCAUUUUCUCUCCCCCCUCCCUGCAAAUAGGCUGAUGGUGAUGAAGAUGCACCACCUCUAUGGGACCAAACGCGCUGGCAAGGAUUCUUCAGGGUCAGAGAGUAGCAGCGACAGUGAAAGUGAUGAAGAUGAAGAGAAAAAACCCCAACUGGAACUGGCCAUGGUCCCCCAUUAUGGGGGUAUUAACAGAGUUCGGGUACGAACCAUAUUUCCUGCUGGUCUCUCACUCUGCUCUGGCACAGUUCUCUACCUUAAUGGUCUGUUGUUGUUUUGAUAGGUGACAGAAUUAGGUGGAUCACAGAUCGCAGCGGUUUGGUCUGAGAAGGGGCAGGUGGACAUAUACGACCUACAGCGCCCCCUCGUGGCCCUGUCCGACUCUCAAGCCAUGGCAGCCUUUCUGCGAGAAGAGCAGGCCAAGAUCAAACCUGUCUUCUCAUUCGCUGGGCAUAUGACAGAAGGAUUUGCUGUGGACUGGUCUCCCAAGAAACCAGGUAAUCAGCUGGGAUGGAAUGGGAAUGGAGUUGGCAGAGCUGGGAACGUAGGCACAGGAGACCUGGACCGGCGGGACUGCAGUUCAGAAUAACUUGUGCCUCACCUAUUCCAGGGACUCUUUUGACUGGUGAUUGCAACAAGAACAUCCAUCUGUGGACACCCAAGGAAGAUGGAUCAUGGCUUGUAGACCAGCGGCCUUUCACAGCCCACACUGCAUCAGUGGAAGACCUGCAGUGGUCCCCAAAUGAAGCUACGGUGAGGAAGUGGUUUGAUGGGUGCAGCUUGCUUUAGAGUGAAAAUUUCUGUGCUUGGGGAAAUGUUAAUGUGCUUCCUAAUUACCUGGGACUUAAUCAAAGUAUUUCAAAUCAGCUAAGGCUGCAUUUUUUUAUUCUUUAAAAAGGCAAUUGCCUAUUACAGUGGUACCUUGGGUUACAUACACUUCAUGUUACAGACUCCGCUAACCCAGAAAUAUUACCUCAGGUUAAGAACUUUGCUUCAGGAUGAGAACAGAAAUCGUGCAGCGGCAGCAGCAGGAGGCCCCAUUAGCUAAAGUGGUGCUUCAGGUUAAGAACAGACCUCCAGAACGAAUUAAGUUCUUAACCUGAGGUACCACUGUAUUUCUCUUGCAUAUGCUUGGCCACAAGUGGCCACAAGGUUGGUUUAAUGGAAUCUGAAAUCAGAUUGGCCUUGAUUUGUAUUUUUAAAAAGGAUAUAGUCGAAGAUCAGAUCCUGGUGUCAGGUGAAGUUUUCCUUUCCAGGUAGGCUUGAAUUUAAGCUGGUAUUGUAAAGCAAAAAUGUUCCUUUGCCCACAGUUUUCCUUUCCUCACAUGCUUUGAAAUCAAUAAUUUUCCUUUAUGCUGCCUUUGCAGUUUGAAACUAAAUUGUCUCGGCAAAAGGUCUUGUUGUCAGUUGCAGCUGCAAGCCCCACUUUCCUUAGGGGUUGGCUCUACUUGAAGUUCCUGAGUGGAACCAGUUCCAGUGUAGCUGCACCCAGCUUGAGAAGACAUCGGGUGGGGAUUUCUUAGGGGUGGAGACUGCUUUCAGGGGCCAUAUUAAGACCCCAGCCAGGCCUAAUGCUGUGCUCUGCCUCUGCAGUCAGAGGUAGUAAUGCUUCUGACCACCAGUUGCUGCAAACCACAGGAGGGGAAAGUGCUCUGAAUUUGCUUGCAGGCUUCCCAUAGGCAUCUGACUAGCCACAGGUAGGACAGGAAGCUGGGCUUGAUUGGCCUGAUCCAGCAGGCUCUUCCUAUGGUCUGAAUUAGGCCUGCAAUACAGAGGUUCUCCACUGCAUCACUUUGCAUGGCUUUUUCCACAUUUCCUUUUACCUGUGUUCCACUGCCCUGGAUAUACCUGUGCCUUUUCUCCUUCCUAUUCACAAUCUCAAAUUCUGCAAAAGCUUGACACAAACAGCACAAAACGAACAUAUUUAUUACACAAAGCAAGUCAUUGUAGCUAGGCACUGCUUUGCCAACCCGAGCACAGGUCGUUAAGCCAAGAUUUGUAAUUACCAGGUAACUGGUCCGAUUCAGAAUAUCAGUGCACAAGUUUUGAUGAUAAACUUCGAGAACAGUUCACAGGGGAAAAGCCGAUUUAUACGACUUCAUAAGGGCAUACUGGGAUUUGCUUGGGGAACAAGGCCUGAUGCAGGGACGUGAGAGCUUUCCACUAUGUUUAACCAUAACAAUUCUUUGCCCUUGUUCUUGGAUCAGGUUUUUGCUUCCUGCUCAGCGGAUGCCUCCAUCCGCAUCUGGGAUACACGGGCACCACCGGGGAAAGCCUGCAUGCUGACUGCCAGCCAGGCGCAUGAUGCAGACGUCAACGUCAUCAGCUGGAAUCGAAACGAGCCCUUCAUCGUCAGUGGUGGCGAUGAUGGGAUCCUCAGGAUCUGGGACCUCAGGCAGUUCCAGGUUAGAAAUCACUGUCAAAAUAUGUUUGGGAAAGCCUUUAGGUCAGGAGUUGGCAACCUAAGGCCCAUGGGCCACAAGCGGCCCACGGGGGUCAUUUAACCGGCCCCCGAGCUGCCCAGUUGGCAAGUCCCCGCACACGGCGCUAAACUAGCGCGGUGCAGGGACUCACUUCUGUGGCGCUGGAAAUCGCAGUCGCACUCGCUCAUGGGCACAUGCAAUUCGGCCCAUGGAGGUAUCUCCGCUGGAGUCAACCGGCUCAGGCAAGGUAAACCUUGCCCACCCCUGCUUUAGAUGUUGCUGAACUACAACUCCCAUCAGCCCCAGUGAGCAUGGCCAGGGAUGAUGGGAGUUGUAGUUCAGCAACAUUCGGAGGGACAAAGGUUCCUUACACCUGUACACAACAUUAUUUCCCCUUCAAAUCUUCUUCACGAGCAAUAUCCCUCAAACUCAGCCCUUCUUUUGUCCUCCCCUUUCUCUGCAGAAAGGGUCGGCUGUCGCCACCUUCAAGCAGCACACGGCACCCAUCACGUCCGUCGAAUGGCACCCUACAGACAGCGGCGUGUUUGCAGCCUCCGGCGCCGAUGACCAGGUGACGCAGUGGGACUUGGCUGUGGAGCGAGACGAGGAAGCAGAGGCCAAGGACCCAGCUUUGGCCUCCAUCCCACCCCAACUACUGUUUGUUCACCAGGGAGAGAACGACAUUAAGGAGCUGCAUUGGCAUCCGCAGUGCCCUGGCACCCUCGUCACCACAGCCCUAUCUGGCUUCAACAUCUUCCGGACUAUCAGUGUCUGAGCGAGAGCGAGGCUUUCAAAAUGGCCGCCUGGGGUUUGCAGACCUGUUGCUAAGAGAGGUGCUAAGCCGCAGUACCCUUCGUUGCUUCUUUCAAGAUGGCCGCAGUCUCUCCUCCCUGUGGACUCUAAAACCUUCUAAAAAAUGGGUUAUUUUGUUGGUUUAAUAACUAACUUUUGCUUUUGGAAUAGGUCUUCACAGCUGCCCCGAUUAAGCUUUGCAGUCUUUUGAUGAGGUCAUCACCUCUCUCUGUCAUCCCGUUAAUGAGUGAUAAUGAUUAGAAUAGCCUUUGCUCUGCUUUAUCUACACUCAUUCCUCGAACAAAUCGGAUGAUUCAGGUCUCAUUUAGAUGUUUCCACUCCGCUAUGGGAAGAGUUCAAAACAGACUUAAUGGCUUUUUCUGUGUGUGGAACCAUCCAAACGUACGAUGUAUAAAACAGUUUGCAAGCAUCUGCUUAACUGUUCAUCAGAGCCUACCACUGAUGCAGCGGGGGGCGGAGAGGAAGUUGUUUGUAAAGAAUAAUGUAUUUUAAAUAAAUAUAAAUUAUUUUGGAGGGAAGGUGGAAACCCCGUCAACAUUUUGACAGGCUGCAUUUUUCUUGUUUUACCUCUGUACAAGCUGGGACAUACUAAGCUCACGGCCCUGCACCAGCCAUGCAGAGAGAGCCCAGCAGGGGCUCUCUAAGCCUGAUCCAUUUGCCACUUACUGAAAACAAAGAACUGGGGGGCAGCAUUACCCUACAAUAAUUUCUCUGAUCAUGUAUAAUACGGACUACAUGAUAAGGCAGGGCUUUUUAAUAAUUGUAUUUUUUAUGCUGUGAGCUGCUCUGAGAACCACGGGUGAUACACAAAUUUAAUAAAAAUUAAUUUUUCAAAGUGGAAGCUAGGAAUUCCCUUUGCCCUGUGUCGCAAAGAGCCAGUGUGGUGUAGUGUUUGGAGUGUCAGACCAGGACCUGUGAGACCAGGGUUCAAAUCCCCACUUGGGCUUGGCGCUCACUGUGGGUGACCCUAAGCCAGUCACUGCCUUCCAGUCUAACCUACUGCCCAAGGUUGUUGUGGGGAUUAAAUGAGGGGGAGAACCAUUUACGCGACCUUGAGCUUCCCAGAGAAAACGGUGGGAUAUACAGUGGUGCCUCGCAAGACGAAAUUAAUCCGUUCCGCGAGUCUCUUCGUCUUGCGGUUUUUUCGUCUUGCGAAGCACGGCUAUUAACGGCUUAGCGGCUAUUAACGGCUUAGCGGCUUUAAGAAAAAGGAAACAAACUCGCAAGACGUUUCGUCUUGCGAAGCAAGCCCAUAGGGAAAUUCGUCUUGCGGAACGACUCAAAAAACGGAAAACUCUUUCAUCUAGCGAGUUUUUCGUCUUGCGGGGCACCACUGUAAAUGCAAGAAACAAAUAGGCCUGUGCCUCCCUCAGCCUCUCAUUCCAGAGGGGAGGGUGUCCCUGCUUUCUUAUCUGGCCUUAGGAAAUCUGCCUAGGUCACAUACCCCUUUCCCUAGGUCAGAUCCCAUCACUUUUACUCCACACCUUCCUUGUGUAGCUGAUGUGUUCUUGAACUGCGAUGCCUCUUGCUCAUGUGCGUGGGAAGAGGGGUUUGUAGCUGCAAGCAGAGAGUAGCUUUCAACAAAUAAAGGAA